GCCCAGAAGUCCCUGCCGGAGAGGCCAACCAGAGGGUCAGGGCGCCUCGGGCCGGCACCGGGACUCCCGCACCCCGCACUCCUUGUGGCCGGGUCCCCUCCAAGCCAGCGCUCGGGAAGUGAGCCCUCGCGGUCAUCACGUCCUGGACGUGCCCUCUGUAACCUUCCUCGGGACGCGGGCAAGUGCCCCUGAGCCCGAGGCCUCGCGUGUGCACAGUGCUGCUCAGCGGCCGCCCGCGUCCUGCUGCAGGUGCCCUGCACCCGCCGCGCCCCGAGCCCCGAGUUCCACGGAGGCCCUGUCCUGGCGGAGGAUCCAGACCCGACCCGGAGCACUCGCAGGGGUCCUCCCGCCUCCACCGACGCAGCCUGUUAGCCUAGGGUUCCCGGUGGGCUGGUCCUCGGCUGUGCACCCGCCAGGGUCCCCGGUGGGCUGGUCCUCGGCUGUGCACCGGCCAGGGUCCCCGGUGCGGCUGUUCCAGACUGUGCACCCGCCAGGGUUCCUUGCAGGCCGUCCUUACACCGCGGGCGCCCACGGGGCACUCCUGGGGAUAUUGUAGGUGGCUCAGCAGCAGUCUGGAACUCGCUCCCUCUUCUGUUGGAAUACCCGGAUGUUCAGUGGCAGUAGAAAAGGACUCAACUUUUUAAUAUUUGUGGAAGAAGCUCCCGUCGUCACAGCUCUUGCUGGUGCCUUGGGAGAUGAGGGCUAUUUCCUGGCACCGCAAACCUCCUAACCUCACACCACACACCUCCAAGUGCACGGCAGGGAGACUCCCCAGCGCUCAAGCCCCGUGUCUCCCCUGCUACCCGUAGGGUUCUGUGAUGGCUGGGAGGUCAUCCCUCUUCUCAGACCCGUGACCCCUGUCCACAGGUGGUUUAUUCUCAGAGGUCACUGCAGGAAUGCUCAGAGAUCAGGGUCCAGAGAUUUCUGUCACUCCCUCUACCACGAGUCCUCCCCAAUUACGUUGGGGCUAAUUUGCCUCCAUGUGCUGCUGGACUCCAGGGAGUUCCAAGUGGUACCGAACUGACUGCAGAUUUGAGACCAGAUAAUGUUUCCAAGUGUCAUGUUUCUAUCGGUGGCCCCAAGACGGCUCAUUCAGAGUGUGCAUCUGAGCCAUGAGUGAGAAUCUUGUAAAGAGUUGGUCGAAUGACUGGACAAGGGGGGCGGGGAGUACAAAGGACACUGCUUGCUCGAGUGCCUGAGGGCGACAUUUUGCCUCAACAUCUCUCUAAUGGGAGGUUGUUGGUCGAAGACCGUUUCAGGCUUCCCGUGAUGAAAGUUCAAGGCCUGAGAAGCGUCUCCAGGUUGUCUAUUGUUUCAGUCCCCAACAGGGACUUUUGAAAUAAAGUUCACUGUGAUUUGCUUGAAUUGCUCUCAGCUCGUGUCCCCAGCGAACGUCGAGGAAGAGGGGAUAGACAGAGGGGUGCGCGUGGAGGGCCUUUUGGGCUGCGCGGUGUGCACGGCCUGGGAUGUGUCCCAGGGGGACAUCCUGCGUGUCUCUCGCUCCCUCAGGUGGCCGGUCGAUGACUCGGACACUCGGGAAGUACUCUAUGAAUACUCCCUGGCCCCUGUCAGGGUGCGAGCGGGGGGAACACCGAGAAACCAUGAGGAAGUUGGACGGGAAUUGAGAAAAUACUUUCUUACACAACUGCAGCACAGGGUGGGGGUGCGGAGGAACCCCAGGCCCGGGACUCCCAGUCCACCACCCUCCCCUGCAGGACGGCCCCUGUCACGUGUUCACACAUCCCUGCCCUCCGGAGUCCACUUUCCUUUGCAGGGACAAGGAACGGUUUCAGCCCCUUCUCAGGAGUCUUGUUCAGGGCCUGCCCAGCGUGGAGCCUGCCCUCCCUCUGAACCGCCCUCUCCUUCCCCAACACCCUGCCCUCAUAGGAGCUCUGCCCCCGGGACAGCGGGAGCGAAGCUGCUCUCCCAACACCCUUGGGUGCAGCCUCUGAAGUUCGCACACCUCGUCACCCUCGGCCAAUCCCUAACAGUCGUCGUCUCACAAACAAAACACCAACGCUCCUUCAUCUCAUUGUGGCCUUGAGAAACUGACGGUGAUGUGCAACAUGAAAACCCGCAUCGAUGCGAUUGUUCCUGAGGUGAUACCGUGACUCCACAUGCAGUUGAGCCUGGAUUGCGGAAACAGGGUCUGUCCCGCAGACGGGAAACCCGCGGGCCCGUGAGCAGGGCUACCGGGGCAGACGGGCUGAGAGGAGGCUGGUGCUGAGGAAGGGAUACAUUCCUGGCUUUGACUCAAGGCGCACAACCAUUUCACAGGGUCCUCUGAAUUGUAAAGGAUGGGAGCGCUGCUGCUCCUACGAUCUAACCUCCAGGAAUACGGACAAGAGCCGCAGUGGCAGAACAAAGACAAUCACUGUGCAUAUGAAACAUAUUUGGGAACCUGUAUCAACGUUUAACCAGAGAGAAAUAUGCUUUCAGGUGUCAAAAAAGCAGAAAUAGUUGCAUUUACUUUUAGCCACAUCCUACAUGUCUCUCAAGAUUUAAAGGACCAGGUGACACUGGUUUCCUGGGAGAAAGGGGCUGCGUUGCCAGGAGGAAGAGGCGGGAGGAAGAGGCGUCACAGUCCUUCCACGAUGUACAGUUUGACUUUGAACCAAACAAAGGUAUUGGGUAUUGCUGGCUUGAAAUUUUACACUAAAAUAAUUAAAGAGGUUAAAAAUCAGUAUCUGACAACAGCAUCAUAAGCCGGGGAACAGAACCUAGUGAUGUGGGAUCUCCUGUGUGUAGGCUGUGCAUCCCCUUAAGAGACGGGCCUUCCCGCCCAGGGCCUCACAGGGAGGCUGGCUGGUCCCACUGCAGCCGCACAGCCCCUGACACCUCAGGGCGGUGGGCACACGGCCCGGGGCUGGAGGCCGACCUGCAGCUACACCUGCGGUACCUGCUGACACAGGCUGAUUUGACACCCUCGGGUCCCCGUGGCCUUCGUAAUCAGGGUCUGUGUUCCAAACUGGGUUCAGACGGUCCAGCCCCUGUUGACGUAAGUCAGGAGCCAGGUAGGAAGCGGAGUGGCCGCAGGGACUCCAGCCUGGGUUCAUGGACGCCGACUGGGAGCAGGGAGGGCACCGAGGCACACGUGGUGCUGUGAAUGUGGAGCACAGCCUUCCCGUCGCCCGGGAAGGCCCACCCCCGGCAGGGUGCCCCGGUAUCAUUUGAAAAGAACUCAGGGUUCUUGCCUACCUGCCAGAGCCUGGCUCCGGAAUGUCUCCCCACCCCCACCCGGGGCCUGGCCCUCGGCCCCUCCCCCGGGCAGAAUGUCCUGAGUCCUACAUUCUACCCGUUUAAAUUCAAACUUUUCACUCCUCAACCUGCAUCCUGAGCGUCUGCUGCAGCAGGUCACAGGGUGGGUCCUGCACGGGACUCCUCUGACUGUGGAAGCUGCCCUGCGGCAGCAGCCCUGCUGGGGGGAUGGCGACAGGAGGAGCGUUUCCAGUGCUGCGGCCCCACGUGGCCACGGACAUGGGCGCCUUUGCGUCUCCUUUCCCAUCCCAGCCGUUUCCCGCACCCCCUCACGGCAUACCCCACCGGUCCUCCUGGGCGCUGCCCCCGCCGCCCCUCCUGAACCUGCCCUUCCCCGCCAGUGGCCCCCUGGAGCUGCCAUCCUUCCCCAGCAUCCCGCUGGUGGCAGGAGACGCUGGCCACGGCCCUGGGGGCCCCGGGACCUGCAACGUCAUUGUGCAGGUCGGGUCAGAGCAGGGGUCAUUGGAGCCCCUCCAGACUCAGAACAUCGUCCUGACCCAGGCCCCCCCCACCUGGAACUCGGCGGGGACACUCUGUGGGGGCGCUGCGUGUCCCACACCCGUGUUCCUGGCGGCCUCUGUGAUGGUACCCGGCGUACCCGCCUCGGCCUUUGGGGGCUCCCAGGUCGGCCAGGGAAUCUCAGCGCCAGGCCCUCUGGCUGCGGCUCUGCCACCAGCGGCCCCGCUAAGCGCCCUGGAGCACUUCGUAAACACCGGGCCGCCGCCCCCCGGGGCUGGCAGGGAGGGCAGCGGAGCCAGCAACCCGAGCACUGCGUCGUCGCCCAAGGACUCCUGUAACCCCAGGAGCGUUUAUGAGAACUUCAGGCGCUGGCAGCGCUUCAAGUCCCUGGCCCGCAGGCACCUGCCACAGAGCCCCGACGCCGAAGCUCUGUCCUGCUUUCUCAUCCCGGUGCUGCGGACCCUGGCCCGCCUGAAGCCCACGAUGACGCUGGAGGAGGGCGUGUGGUGGGCCGUGCAGGAGUGGCAGAGCAAAAGCAACUUCGACCGGCUUAUCUACUACGAGAUGGCGGGAAAGUUCAUGGAGUUUGAGGCGGAGGAGGAGAUGCAGAUUCAGAAGUUGCAGUGGGUGAAGGUGGCCCAGGGCCUGCCUCCUUCAGCCUCCCUGAAGCCUGAACUGCGGGGGCCCCCGGCCCGAGGGACGGCCCCACAGCCAGCGUGCAUUCCCAGGAAGGCGGGUUCCAGGGCCAAGCCAUCCCGCCGGCAGCCACACAGACCCCGGCGGCCCCGAGACAACAAGGCGCCCAAGGAGAUCCCCCCUGAGGCCGUGAGAGAGUACAUGGACAUCAUGGACGGGCUGCUGGGGCCUGCCCUCUCUGCCCCGGGGGGCCCAGUGGCUGAACGGGGAGAGGACGGAAAGGAGCCACAGUGGGACGGGGACCCGGGUCUCCUGAGCUACAUUGACCAGCUGUGUUCCCAGGAAGACUUCAUCACCAAGGUGGAGGCAGUCAUCCACCCUACGUUCCUGGCGGAACUGCUUUCCUCGGAAACUCAGCUGGACCUUCAGGCCCUCGCUGAGAAACUGGAACAGGAGGAAGGAUUGAGCCUUGCAGAGCUGGUGGAGAAAAGACUGGCGGCCUUGAAGGUGGAGGCUGGCGUGCGGACCCCCCCGCAUCACUGCACAGCCGGGUGGGGCUCCGGUCCUGAGUGUGAGGCAGGUGCCCAGCUGGGGGCGGGCGGCGGAGCCUGCGCCCCGGAGACGGCCGGCCAGGAACCCCAGAGGCACAGCCGCGCGCACACGCACCUGUCGAGGCCCAGAGCCUUUGCUGGCUCCCCGCGACGACCAGAGCCCCCUGCGCCGUGGGCCUCCCCUCCCCAGGGUCAGAGGGGCGCCUCCCUUGGCCCCGGCUCCCGGGGAGCCCCCGUUCUCAGGGAGGCCCCUCCCUCCCGGGACCCUGGGGGGCCCGUGGUGGGCUCCAGUGAGGACGAGGAGCUGCCCAGCCUGACCUUCCUCCUGGCCUUGCAGCACAGCCUGCUGCCCUGGGAGUUCUCCCAGAGUCCCACGCCCGACCGCCACCUCCCCAGCCCCGCACGGCGGAGGACCCCGUCUCCCCAGAGGAGAGGUCUGGGCCCCGCCGCUCCCUUGGCCCCCAAGUCCUGGAAGCGGGCUCUGUGGGGGGGCCCAGACCCUGCAGGGAAGACGCCCCUCCCUGGGGCCCACCUCAGGGGCUCUGGGCAGCCGGCCAAGGCCAAGGCCGUGGGGCCGCUUCACCCCUCACAGCCUCCAAAGAGAAGGUGUGACCCCUUUCCGAUGGGGAGCAGGAGGAAGCGCCACUGCAGCCAGUAGGGGGGGUGCCCUCUGCCCCUGCCUGGGGCCCCCUGCAGCCUUGAGCGGCCUCCUCACCUGGGCUGGUCCUGCCCAGGGGGGCAGAGAGAA